CGACGGCGUACCUUGAAACCCUAAACCUUGCAGAUCAACUUCAAUCACCAUUUUCAUUUCAAACAGAGAGAGCUCUGAGGAAAUCAGAAUCUGAAAAUGAUCAGAUUCGCGAGACCAAAACCUAUAAUUGACUCAGUGAGUUACAAUCUUCUCCAGAAAUGUUACGCUAGUGGAACCCCCAAAGGAAAAUCGAAGCUGAAGACAGGCCAAUCAUUGAAACGCAACAAACUCACAAUCAAAAAAGGCGGUGGAAACGGCGGUGGCAGAGGUGGUGAUGAGGUGGAUAAGGGAAAAGGAAGAAUCUCAGAUCAAUGCAUAAACGCUCCUUGUCCUGUUCGUUACCUGAGACCUAAGGAAAGAGAGCGAGAAGCGAGACGAGAGAAGCUAGGGCUAAUCAGUAAAGCGAGGCAAAAAGAGAUUGAUUUUCAGAAGAAAGGUGGAUCCUUUACGAUGGGAGUUACUACUGCGCCGAUGAGGAUUGGGACUCCAGGAUUGGAUUACAUUUCGUUAGGGAUUUUUACGGAAGAUGAGUUACCAAAGUAUAAGGUUACAGUGGAGGAUGGGAUUAGACUUGCGAAAGAGUAUAGUAGAGUGCUUAUGAGAGAGCAUAGAGCGAGACGUGUAGCGGAGAUUAGUUUGAUGAAGAUGAGGAACGCUGCGGUUGAGGCAUUGCCGGAGAAUUUGAAGAAGGCGGCUUUAGUGCGUGAUUUGACUCCGUUUCCGGUGAGUCGAGGUACGGCUACGCUUACUCCACCUAUUGAAGGGUAUUUGGAGAGGAUUAUGAAUGCUGCGGCUAGGAAGAGCUCUGGUAAAGAGAAGUUGAGAUGAUCUUGUUAAGGUUAGAGGAAUUUGUCUUUGCGUCAUUGGUUUUCUCUUGUUUUAUUAGUUGUGUUGAUUGGAUUUCGAUCAAUGGAUAUAACUUUGAGACAUUUGUCUUUAUUUUUGUGAUCUACUUGAAAUAAAAUGGUCACUGGCAGUUGCUACUAUAUGAUAGAAUAUUAGUUGAAGCUUGAAAGUUUAAUCUUUUUCUACUUUAUAUUGUUUCAUAUCGGCCUUCUGAGAGGUGAAGUUGUCUAGGAUGUAAAUGGAAUCUUGUUAAACCUCUUUUGUAUCUCUUUCCUUGAUCGUGUUUGC